ACACUUUUUAUCCACGAUUCUUAGAAGCCGUGAGUGUAUCUUCAGUUCCUUAUUCCAGGUUGUGAUGGGGUGUAUCGGCCCCACACUGGCACACCAGGAGUUAACCCAUCUUUGUGAUCAGAAGAGGCCACGCCCCUUCUCUGCUGGGCAGGUUCCUCCUGGAACCAGGGUAUAAAAGGCUUGAGGGACUCAGUCUGUGCUGACUGCCAGAGGAGGAGGUGGGGCACCAUGAGCUCCAGCAGGUAGACCCCUGCCGCUUCAAGAUUUUGGGGCCGGACAAACAGGACCAGAGGUCCUAAGGAAUGCAGAGACCACUGAAUUGUGGACACCACAGAUGCCUCAGGAUCGGGUAGGAAUGGACCGAGGGCAUUACAGAAGAAUGGCUCAGGAACCGACUGAAAUGUGGCAUGUUACAGAACAGACCACUCCAGCCAAAGUGGUGAAGGCGGCAAACCCCAGGCAGCGGAAAGGAAGCAAGGUCGGCGACUUCGGUGAUGCCACGAACUGGCCGACCCCUGGAGAAAUAGCCCACAAGAGCGUGCAGGUAAGCAGCCCGGCGCUGGGAACCCACCGCUGUCCCGUGCAGCGACUUGGGCGCUUUCCCUGGCCAACGAGGGGGGCCCACGUGGGUCUGAAGGCAGAGAGCUCUGGACCGGUUCCCUGUGGGCUUUUCUCUCCGAAAUGCUCUGCCAGCUGCAGUCCCCUUCGUCCUGCCCCAGUGCCUGUGACCGAUGACAGCGCAGACAGUUGGAUCAGGGUCUGGGAGAGUUGCCGGCCGCGGCCCGCUCUAAGGAGGAAGCUGGCGGCGUGUCUGGCCAGCAAGGGCCAGCCCUGGCUCUGUGUGCGAGGCUUUGAACACAUUCAGGGCCUAGGGAAUUGCCCCAGGGCAGGAAUCCCGUCGGAACGGCCCCCUCCGCGGUCCCAAUGCAGGUCUCCCUCGUGGCGGUCCAGUGCUGCUGUGAGCCGCCCGGGGCGGCUGUGCCCUUCGCUGGGAUAUCGUGAGCUCCCCGUGCUCCGCUGUUUGAGCGGCGGCAGGGCCUGGGUUGCCACAGAGCAGCACCCCGGAGGAUCACAGCCCGGCCUUUGUCUUGCUCUCUCAGCGCACUUCGACUACCAGUACGGCUACCGGAAGUUCGACAGCUCGGAGGGCUCGCGCACCCAGAAGUACGCCAGCAACAUCACCUACUACUUUGAUAACGUCAGCAGCACGGAGCUGUACAGCGUGGACCAGGAGCUGCUCAAGGACUACAUCAAGCGGCAGAUGUACAACAUCACCUACUACUUUGAUAACGUCAGCAGCACGGAGCUGUACAGCGUGGACCAGGAGCUGCUCAAGGACUACAUCAAGCGGCAGAUCCUGGCCACGGACGUCGGCCUCAUUGUGAAGGCUCUGAAGGACAGCAAGGUGGUGGAGAUCGUGGACCAGAAGAUCAGGAGGAAGGAGCAGCCGGAGAAAUGGCCUCUCCCCGGCCCCCCCAUGGCGGACUCCACGCAGACCGACUUCUCUCAGCUCAUCAACUGCCCCGAGUUCGUCCCCCGGCAGAGCUUCCAGAAGGAGACGGAGUCUGCCCCCGGGUCUCCCCGCUCCGCCAGCCCUGGGCCCAGCAAGCCCGAGGAGGUCAGUAACCUGAAGACGAUGCCCAAAGGCCUGUCGGCCAGCCUGCCGGAUCUGGAUUCGGAGACGUGGAUUGAAGUGAAGAAGAGGCCUCGGCCUUCUCCAGCCAGACCCAAGAAAGCGGAGGAGUCCAAGGCGCCGCCGAAGCUGAAGGACCAAGACGAACCCGAGGAGCUGGACUUCCUGUUUGACGAGGAGAUGGAGCAGAUAGACGGCCGCAAGAACACCUUCACCGACUGGUCGGACGAGGAUUCGGACUACGAGAUCGACGACCGGGACGUGAACAAGAUCCUGAUUGUGACGCAGACGCCCCCGUACCUGCGCCGGCACCCGGGCGGGGACCGCACGGGCAAUCACACCUCCCGGGCGAAAAUGAGCUCCGAGCUCGCCAAGGUCAUCAACGACGGACUCUAUUACUACGAGCAGGACCUGUGGACGGAGCAGUUUGAGCCCGAGUACUCGCAGAUCAAGGUGAGAGCCGGAGCCCGGCUCCGUGAGCCCCGGACGAGGACGUGGCGGAGUCGCUGGCUCGUGUCCGGUGCACUUGCUCCUCUUCCGAGCCAGCUCCUGCUAAGCCGGGAUAAACCCGGGUCGGACCUUGUGCUCAGCUCCAGCCCCUCGGAAGGAACCCCGGCAGUGGGGAGCUACGGCUGCACCCCCCAGUCGCUGCCCAAGUUCCAGCAUCCCUCCCACGAGCUGCUCAAGGAGAACGGCUUCACGCAACACGUGUACCACAAGUACCGUCGGCGCUGCCUUAACGAGCGGAAACGCCUGGCCCUGGAGUCCCUUUUCCGAUACUACAGCUACGGGCUGGAGAAGAAAUUCCGGCCUGACAUCUUUAAGGAUUUCCAAGAAGAAACCAUCAAGGAUUACGAAGCCGGGCAGCUCUACGGGCUGGAAAAGUUUUGGGCCUUUUUAAAAUAUUCCAAAGCCAAAAACCUGGACAUUGCUCGCAAGCUGCAGGAAUACCUCAGCAAGUUCCGGCGCCUCGAGGACUUCCGAGUGGACGUGAGUAGGCGCCGGGGCUGGCCCCCGCUCUGCUCCUCGCCCCCUCCCCCCCACUCCUAUCCCAGUAUCUGGCCACUCCUCCCAGGGCGGGGCGGGGGCGGGGGGGCAGUUGAGAGGGAUUUGGGCCUGGUUUAGAUUU